GUUUUCUUUUCUAGUCUCUGUAACUUAUUUUGCGCGGAACCUUCGUUUUGCAACUAUGGUUUCCCUACUUCCGGGGUAUUCAACGGAGAGCCCACUGCAAUGUCGGUACAGAAACGGGACUGAAAACAUCUGAAUGCAGGAAGAUCCAACGGAAACUUUAUCUCAAUGGAUGAGAGAAAGAUGAAAAGGAGGAGUCCUAAGUCCUCCACUAGUCACCCUCCACUAGUGAAUUCCAAGAAGAACGCUGUGCCACCUAGCAAGAGCACCGGGUUUUCCAAUGUUGUGCCCCAAUCAGCCGGACAAAAACCAAAGUUGAAAAGAGCUAUUAAAGAAAAAUCAAAGUCUCAGGGAGAAGGUAAAGGUGCUACAUCUUCUACCAUUCAGCACUCCUUCCUUACAGAUGUUUCUGAUGUUCAGGAGAUGGAGAAGGGUCUCCUGAGUCUCCUCAAUGACUUCCACUCAGGCAAACUUCAAGCUUUUGGUAAUGAAUGCUCAAUAGACCAGAUGGAACAUGUUCGUGGAUUGCAGGAAAAGCUUGCACGUCUGCAUUUAGAUUUGUAUGGUGAACUGGAGGAAAUGACAGAGGACAAACGCAAGAUGGCCAGAGAUUCCAAUCUAGACAGGCUUCUCUCUGAUCUGGAAGAACUGAAUUCAUCUAUACAAAAGCUUCAUCUGGCAGAUGUUCAAGAUAUCCCAAAAUCCACAGCUAACUGAAGACCUGGGAUCUUGUGCUUAUUAAACACCAUAUAGUUUGUGUCAUUGCUAACAGUAUUCUGAAUAGUGUGCUCAUUUGUCAGUGAAGCUGCUAUGUGAAAUGAUCCAUUAAUAUGUAACAUACCUCAUAUUCUCUCGAUGAUUUGGUGUUUCAUUCCAAGUUUCUGAAUUCAGGUUUUUUUUGGCUGUAGACUGUGGCCUCCAAGAUAUUCGUAUUCAUUCCUUUUGCUCUUGUUUUGCAUGUACAGAAUAGAUUCUGCUAAGAAAUCUACUUUAUAAUCGGUCCAAAUAUGUGAACAGUUUGGAGUUUGAUAAACUUUAUGCCUGCACUGUAUAUAAGGGCAUUGCAAAGCCAUUCUUGUUCUUUGGGAAUGGCCUGCCCAGUCUGUGUAUCCUUGUUUACAUGCUGACAAUCAAAUGCUACUUUGUAUGCUAACAUUUGGAUGCUUUGGCUGGUGCUCUUUUAGUUUGCACAGAUCCACUAUGUAUAUACUGUAGUUUAUAAAUACAGGAAAUUAUAUGCUUUUAUGUGAUUGUUUGUAACACUGGUUUAUGGGAGGUUUAGAUCUGCUAUUUAAAGAAAAUGUAUAUUUAAAAAAGAUAUAUAAAGGAUAUAGACACCUUUUGAAAAGCAUGGUUUUUAUUGUUCUUUUGUACUUAUUAUGGUACAGAAUCAGUUUUCUCCUCUUGGUCUGUAAAAUUACAUUUACUUUCUGUUCUAUAUCCUUGGCAAUGUCUGGUUAUUAAUGAUGUCCUUCAGAGAAGCUAUCUUACAAACCGGUUAGCUAUUAGCAAUUCUCUUCUCUCCAAGAAGGAUUCUUCUAAGCUGAUUUAUGACCAUAUCAAAGUUGACUUUUGAUCUAGUCAUAAAUCAGCUUUGAGGGCAUGUUCACAUGUUGCGGAAAUGCUUUAGCAUCAUUGUAGAUUUUUCAAUUAACUUCAAUAGGUAGUUCAAAAUCUGCAACAAAUCUGUAGCAUAUCUGCUAUACAGGAACAAAAAGAUGAUUCAUGGUGAGAAAAUAGUAAAAAAAAAAAUGACUGAAAGCUAGCUUCUCUGAUGGACGUCACUGAUAAGAGAUCACUGCAGAGGCUGUAGAACUGAAACUAAACAACGUUUAGACCUAUGAAAAAAAGUGUUUUGUACCAUAGUAACUACAAAGUAAGAAUAAAACUAAAUGCAUUCAUAGGUUCCCAUAGCCUUUAGGUUUGCCUUUUGCUAUUGGGCUUUCUGCUCUCCAUUUUGGUGAGUAUUAAAUUAUGCCCCAGGAAGUGUCUACAGCCUGGACAUUGGGGGCUUUUGGUAACCAGGACUAGGUAAGAAUAGGGAGUCCAUACUUCAGCUGUACGUUUUUGGCUGGAAUUUGCCUUUAAACAGAUAGUAAUAUCGGUAUUCUAUUGUAUUAAUGACACUGUUUUUUCUUUGUUGAUUACAUUGGCCAAAUAAAGACAAAUUACAUAUU